UGAAAGCCGAUUUCUUUAGCCGAAACCAGAAAGCCGUUAUCCUGGUCCGGAAAAAAUAUGGCAGGGAUCCUUAGCUCCGUAACCAUAGUUUUGCUACCAACAUUUUGUAGGUCGUACAACGAGUCAGAGAUGUCUUUCUUCUACAAAUAAUUUUGAUUUUGAUUGGUUCCCUGUUCUGCUCAAAACAAAGACUAACUAUGUCUACGCUGCAAAUCAUGCUUGGUAUUAUUAUGUUUCUGCUUUUUCUUUUUCAUUGAUUAAUGAAACUGUCGCCCACACACUAUCUAAGAUAUCUCUAUCUCAUUUUAUUCAUGACUUUCUAAUCAAACAAGACGAUCAUAGUCGAACUACAGCGAUGGCGCGAUGCCAUGGGUCGAUGGCCACGAUGGUGCUUCGCAGAUCCCUCUAAAAACGAGGGCGUAAGCAGUGGGCUGCUGAACGCGAAAAAAUACGAAAAUUAAGGCUUUUGCAUACAAGUAUUAUCACGUCUUUGCGUUUUGCGGGCUUUUCUAUCGUCCCUUUUUUGAUUCUGACAGCGUGAAGAUUCGAGAUACAUGUGAGGUAUUUCGUUUACUACUUGCCUACAUACAUGUGAUGCAUAUUACAUGUGAGGCACUUAUCUCUCUAUGGUGGCACGUAUGUAUUCCUUGUCCUUAAUUGAUCGCAAAAAUCUAGUCCUCUCAUCAUUAUUAGUCCCUAUGCCUUGCAUCUUCAUGAACACUACGAAUACCACUCAUAGUACUAAUCAUGCUGUUCCUUUACUAGAGACCUUCCCGUUGUAAUACCACACUGGCAUUUUCACUACUAAUCUGAUUAUUUGCCUUCAUUAGAGACACGCUUUCGUCUUCUCUGAUAGAAGUAUUAUCAGUCUCUAAUAGAAGUACUAUCAGUUUUACGUUUCUUCUCGCGACGGCGGUGCAGGGGGAGACGGAAUGAAGUUUGACGGAGAGUCCUUCGCAACGUGGGACGAGCUGAAGGACUACUGUGAGGAGUUCGGCCACACGGCUGAGCAGACGACGAUGAGCCUCGUUGAGGAGUAUGGUGCCAAGAUCACACGAAUGGUGCGCGACAUCAACAAUGUGCGAAACACCUUACGACGAUGGCACGAAAAAUAGGUCAACAGGGAACCUCUUGGUGUGCUAAUCAUGCUAUUUAUUUGGGUCAAAAACAUUAUUUGAUACGUGUGUCUGCCUACUUAAGACAAAUCACUGAAGCAAAAACUACUUAUCUGUAGUAGGUUGUACCAAAAACUAUCGCUACAAGAAUGAAUGAACCCGAGCCAUCUUUCCUUAUUAAUCAGGCAAGGAAGCCACGCGAUAUGUUGACACUCUUAUUUGGUUAAGCUGGUCUAAUACAAAAAACCGACGGUGACGCAGAGGAGUGGGAGGUAAAGAUAGGAACGUGCCACAGCGUAAAGGGUAUGGAGUUCGAUGCUCCAGUUUUACUUAGUGACGAUUUUCCUCUUCCGGUGGAUGAGACCACUGGCCAGAUCAAUUAUGGAGCCGUCCCUUCAUGACUCAUUCAGUGACUAUCACCACACAGGCCUAUUUGAUGACGUUUCGUGGAGAUAAAUGAGUGAAUAUACUGAAAAUACUUUUGUUUAUAUUUGAAACUGGGUAUGGUAUCUACGAGCUAUUUUAGCAGAAUGUGGAUUCAUAGAGAAGAAGGAGAAACUUUCAUAGAGAAGCGCGACUCUUCAGAAGAGCUUCUAUAGAUAGUCAUGUGAUUGCUAUAGAAAAAACGGAGGACAUAACUGAUAUUCUAAAUCUACGAAGACCAACUUGCUGGGUCCAAUGAGACCCUCAACCUGCUCUACGUGGGUGUGACGCGCGCAAAAGGGGCCAUCCGAUGCCGCGACAAGAUAUGGGGCUUCUUUUAUGAUGGAAACACUUUGUAAAAAGUUGCACGCUUAAUAGUUACCAGGACACUAAGUAGUCUUUUGCGGUCCUUGCUCUAAUAUUGUACACAGAUCGGGGUUACUGAAGAAACGCGGGAAGAAGAGCCGCAUACAGCCCACGAGCAGGAGCCAGAAGCAGACGCGAGGCACACUUCCCGCGUCAUGGAGUACGAGGACUUCGACCGUGCCUGGCAAAUGCUAGAAGAGCUGUGGCAGGCGGAAGAGAGCAAUCGUGAAACAUUAUGCUUACAGUAAAGCGUCCCUUUCCUUUUCUGUUUUUUCUUCCUAGGUGCUCAGCCACACUUACAGUAUGGAAAAUGCGCUGGUGUGAUUAGAAAGUAGAGAGUAGUUUCCCACAUUAGCGGCCAGGGAUCCCAUCUCAAUGAUGAUGAUGAGGCCAUCGCAAUGAUGACGAGGCCAGCUCAAACAUGAUGAUGAUGAUGAUCAUUCGGUGCUUUCAAUCCUCAACAGGUCCGAGCACAGGCACAGGACAACUAGGACAGCUUUCCUUUAAGGCAUAUGAUGACUGAUGCACAGCUCUUCUAAUUUGAAACGGUGACUAUUAUUUCCGUGACUUCGUACAGCGAAGUGAACACUGUGGCAGGAUGUAUCUUUUUCCCGUACCGGAGGUUUUGGCAAAUCCAGCAAGCCUGCACGCCGGAAGGAGUCGCGAGGAUGGCCGGGAACGAUUCAAGAAGCUGCGGCUGUGGUACCACACGGACAAGCAUACUCCGUUGCUUCGGGCACUGAGGUUACGGGUCCCUAGCUUUCAGACCGUCAGCACGUGCCUCUUGCUCUCUUCUUGCUCUCUAUUUGCAUACAGUGAUACGUCUACGCAAUCAUAUUCUGAGUUUACCGUCUACAACGAAGUACUAGAAGGUUCUAGAAGCUCUCUUUACAUACAUUCAUAGAAGGCUCAUAGAAGGGCUCUCUUUACAUACAUUCAUAGAAGGCUCAUAGAAGGCUCUAGAGAGUGGCUCUAAGAGACGCACAUGGAUACGAAAGACUUUCGCAGCGAGCCUCGAACGAGCUUAAUGCGAUCUUCAGCCAAGUCGCCAGUGCUCAACACAAUUGGAAAAAGGAUUUGCAGCGCUCAGAUCGAGAUCCAGCCGCUCCAUGAAAGUGACACGCUGAGCAACAUCGUAGACGUCAGAGUAUACGACGUAGUUAAGGGUUAUCACAUUGCAUUCUUCACUACCAUCCUGGACUUUUUUUCCAGUAGGAAAGGGUCAGGGAUGAUCUGAAGAAUGCAAUGUCGCAACCUCUAACGUAGACGGCUUCUAGAAGCCAGCCUUCAGGAGCAAGAAGAAUUCGAUCAAAUAUGUACCAAAUUCAGUAUCCAAUUAUUCUUUGAGUUCGAUCCCAUUCGCGUCGUCUGACAAAGUCCGCACUGUCGACCCCCUUCCUAAAUUUGACCUCAGUGACAUGGAAUAAGUCACUUCCCUACGUCGUUGUACCUCCUGACGAAGAUCGAAUUAUAGAUACUUCAACUUUUUACACAAGAGCAAUCACUUUGACAUUUUGAUUGUAGGCUGUCAUGAUAGUCAUAUUUUUUCUCUGCGGACGAGUACCACGCCAUCUAUUUGGGAGCAGAUAUCAUUAUCUAUCAUAUUUGAUGUCAUUUUGACGUCAUUUUUUCCUUGGUUUGAGCGCUAGAUGAAAACUUUCGCGCAAUUGUAUAACACGUGCUACCUAAGUAAUAAACGAAUGAC